CAGUUCAUGUAUAAAUCAUACAACCCAUGCAACCCUCCACAGAAGAGAGCAACUGAUCACAUGACCCAUUUCUGGCCUUUGUUCGAAUGCGACUGGGUUUUUUUGUUUUUUCGUUUUUACUUCUGACCAUAAUAAUAAUAAUUAUGAGACGAGUUUUGUACAAGCAAUCACAUUUAAAACGUAAACAUAAGCAGACAAAACAAAAACAAAAAUAGCCCAAAAGAAAAGAAAAAAACCACCAAAAAAAGAAUGGAAAAAAACAAAGAAAAUGAAUUGGGAACUAGAGAAGGGGGUAUGUGGCAGUUAACCAGCACAAGGAGUCAAAUCAAUGGCUACGCUAAUCGUCCUUGUUACUGCUCCAUAGCUGUUAGGGGACCCACCAAUCCCUUGUCUUUCUGCUCUAUUUAUUUUCCUCAAAUUUUUCAUCCUCCAGAAGCCUCUCUCCCUUCCUCCCAUCACCAAAUUUACAGAGAAAGAGGUUCAAAGAGUGUUUGUGUGUGUGUGUCUGUGUUGAAGAAGGCACACAUAGAGAAUGAGAUAUGGUAGGACUUAGCAUAGUAUUGGAAGGUCAAAAGGGAAGUGGUGGUGUGGGCAAAAAUAUCCCACAAGUUAUUAACAAAACCAACAUGGUUGUCAUCAACAAGCCUUCAUCUUCUUCUUCUUUUUUACCUUCUCCUUCAAACCCUUCACAAAGCCACAAAAAUCUUUUCCUUUCUCCUCAGACACCUUUCUUGGCCCCAACUUUUCUUGACCAAUGUUUUUUGUGCAGACAGAAACUCUUGCCUGGCAAAGACAUCUACAUGUACAAGGGUGAUAGGGGCUUCUGCAGCGUGGAGUGCAGGUACAGGCAGAUUUUCAUGGACGAGGAAGAGAGUCUUCGCCAAGAGAAGCAGUGUUCAAUGGCUGCCAUGAAACCUACUUCGGCUUCCUCAUCAUCUUCUUCUUCAUCUGCUGCCUCCAAUGAACGGAAAGGAACCAGAAACCGAGGCAGUGGUUUUGCCUACUGAGACUGAGAGAGAACCAGUUGGAAACCAAGAAUUGGUUUCUUUGAGUUGUAUUUUCAGUUUUACCCCUUGGUUUGUUUCGAAAUGACUAUGAUGCUCUCUGUCCUUUUAUUUUUGUGCUUCCUGCCAAGAGGCCAAAAGGAUCCAACCUGUUUUGCCCCCAAACAUUUUAUCUGUAAUAGCCCACGGUUUUGGUUGCUCCACCAUUGUUUAGAGCAGAAACCAUUGAGGACAGUGGUGGGAUUUUGUGACAGGUAAGAGGGCAUUAAUGGCAUUUUGUUAUUGUGCAUUGAUGAUUUUAUCUAUUGAAAUUUUAUAAAUUUUUUUGA